AUGUGGAUUUCUCCGGCGGCUCUGCUCUAUGUCAUAGCGACCAUCCACCUCGGUGUCUCUCAGCAUUUUUUGCGUCUGCGCCCUUCGCCCAGCGAGCAUCUUCCAGUGCCCGGUCUUAAAGAGGACCCUGACCCAAAAUACGACCCGAGGAAACAGGACCUGGCCGAACGGACACUGAAGAGGAAACUCGGGAGAAACUUUGACCCCGUCUUCAUGUCAAUCAACAGCCCCCCUGUUGUGGAGAACCGGACUGCCCUUGAAGCACAGUCCAGACUGAUGGGACCUAUUCCCAACCAGCUGAAAAAGCUGUACCUGGUGACAGUGGGCAAGAAAGCCCGUCGGAAGUUUGCACAGUGGUUGUGGGCAUACACGCACUGCCCCGUGGGCUAUGUAUGGAAGGACUUGGGCGUGAGGUUCUGGCCGCGUUACGUCAAGGAGGGACAGUGUCUGAAUGAGCGCUCUUGUUCGUUCCCGGCGGGGAUGUUUUGCAUGCCCGACAAGUCAGUCACCAAGACAUUCCUCCGCUGGUACUGCCAGGGCUUUCUCCAAAAGAAAUACUGCAUGUGGAUACAGGUUCAAUACCCCAUCAUAUCCGAAUGCAAGUGUUCCUGUGUAGAAUAGGCCUAUUUAACUCGGGGUAAAACUAUUUCCAUUCAAAAUUUAAUUAAACCCUCAUCAUACAAAAUAAGAUUGUGUUAAUUAAAAAGCUAUUAAAUUCACAUAUAAACGUGUAAACAUUUAGCUACAAUAGCUUACAUCAAGCGUGAUA